AGAAAUGAAAAAUGUAGCGUAGGGAUCAGAAAAGAAAGUCUUUGAGAUCACAUCCCAAAGUGGAUUUCAGAAUCUCAUCUCCAUCUCUAUUCUCAAACACACCAUCAACAUCUUCCAACUAGUACAAUAAUAAUUAAAUAAAAAAGAUUUUCAGAUUUCUUAGAGAGAGAAAGAUUUGAUUUUAAUCAUUUUAUGCUAAAAAUAAAAUAUAAAAAAAAGUGUCUUUAAAAAGAGAGAGAAAAAAGCGGUGACAGAUACUACAAACAUGUCACACUAUAUUUAAGGUUUCAACACCUACGUUAAAGAAUCCCCUUUCUCUUCUUUUUCACUCUUUCAUUUUCUUUUUCAUUUUUUCCCUCUUCUUUUUUCUUCUAAUGGAGUCAAACGGUGUCGUUUCUAUUGGUGUUGAUUCUCAUGAAGUUCAUGUUUUGGCCGUUGAUGAUAGUCUUGUUGAUCGGAAAGUUAUUGAACGGUUGCUCAAAAUUUCAGCUUGUAAAGUUACUGCUGUGGAUAGUGGAAUCAGAGCACUGCAAUUUCUGGGGUUAGAUGAGCAGAGAAAGAGUUCUGAAUCAGAUGAUUUUGUGCCGGGUUUGAAGGUGGAUCUAGUCAUUACAGAUUAUUGCAUGCCAGGAAUGACUGGUUAUGAGUUGCUUAAGAAAAUCAAGGAAUCAUCCACUUUUAAAGAAAUUCCAGUAGUGAUUAUGUCUUCUGAAAAUAUUUUGCCACGCAUAGACAGAUGUUUGGAGGAAGGAGCAGAGGAUUUUAUAGUGAAGCCAGUGAAAUUAUCAGACGUGAAACGUUUGAAGGGUUACAUGACAACUAGGGAUGUUAGAGCGGGAAGCCAAGAAAACAGAGAACUUAACGUUAACGGUAACGGUGGAGGCCAAGGUGGUGGAGUAGGAAUCAACAACAAAAGAAAGCUAGAAGAAGCAUCUGAUAUCUCAUCAUCACCACCGUCCAAUUCAUCGGCUUCAUCACCAUCGUCCAUUUCAUCAUCACAGUCACCUUCAUCAUCUCCUAUGUCUUCACCCGGCAUGCUUGAUUCUCCAAUCAGACGGAUUAAAAUGACCGGCACCGAAUGACUCCUUGGGUUGUUAUGUAGAAAAUUUUCAUGACUUUUUUUAUUAAAAAAAAACUUUUAUUUGUUUACCUCUUUUGAUGUUUAAAGUGCAAUUACUUACCCCGUUGUUUGAAACGGUUUUUGUUGCA